AUGGAGGAGUAUGUUUAUGACCCUAGCAAUCCAUUAAAGCUCAAAAGAAAGUUUGAAACCGACUCUGCUGAUGAGAAUAUAGUCGAAAGUUUUCCAUCUAAAAGCAAAAGGUCCAAAUUAAAGGAUUACAACUUCUUAGAUGACGAUUCUGACAAUGAUGGUGCAGAAAUUUACGAUAGUGACUAUAGUGGAGAGAACGACAAUGUCCAAGAAGAUGAUACCAGUGAUAUUUCUGCUUCUAGUAAUAAAACAAAUAGUAAAAAGCGUAAAACAAUACGGCUGAUGGAUAUGAAGCAAUUCAAAGAAGAAAAUCUGGAAAAUCUUCAGUCAGACGGCGAUGAUCUUCAACCUCAAGACAACGUCAAUAAAAUAGUAAAAUUCAAUGUCGAUGAAGAAUUAGAAAAUGGCAUAUUUGAUAAGGAUGGUAAUUACAUUGAAGUAGAAUCGAAGAAUGACGAAGAAAAAUGGAUGGAUGAAGUUGAAAAUAUUGAAAGUGUUGCUGCUGCCAAAGCAAAACAAUAUAAAUUUAAUCGAGAGAGACAGCAACGUUCACAACGUAAAGGGAGACAUUAUAUGAUUGAUGAAGCCUUAUACAGGUUACAGUUUCUUGUUUCCACCAAUGGGGAUACAGUUUUGCAGACUUUGGGAAAGCUUAAUAAACUUCGAAAGUCUUACGAGGAUGCAACUGAUAAUACGGAUGCUGUACGAUAUAUAACCAACUCAAUUGAGCUGUUAAUGGACCUUACUGAAAUAUUACAAAGAAAAGGAUACGACGACGUUUACAGUCUUAAUCGCAAGAAUAUCAUUGAUUCUAUUGAGGAGGAGUCGUUGACUGAUCAAUUCAAAAUAGAUUUCCGAAAGAAUAAGAUCUGGAGCUUUAAAUGGCUCAAUAAAACCGACAAAAUUAGUGAAUAUUACACAUGUUAUGAGAUGAACUAUUGGAAAAAAACUUUCUUCAAAGGUAAUGUCAUAGUCAAGUUUAAAGACGAAAAAGAUGAAAUGAAAAAUUGGCUUCAUAUCUCAUGCCUGGAAUUUAUGUGA